AUGAAGAGCCGACAUCUAACCCUCUGCCUGAUAGCUGCUUCGGCAACGGGUGUUAUUGGCAUCAGACCUUUCGGCUCCUCGUUUGGAGUUCCAGGCAAUGAUGCAACGUAUGACUAUGUUGUUGUUGGUGGUGGUAAUGCCGGCCUGACUGUGGCGAGUCGCUUGAUUGAACAGGGAGCUGGAAGUGUUGCUGUUAUUGAAGCAGGAACCUUCUAUGAGACCACUACCGGAAACAUUACAGAGGUGCCCGCCUUCACUACCACUUGGGCGGGCAAAUCUCCUGACGAUUGGCAACCUCUGGCCGAUUGGGGAUAUAUGACGGGAGCAAACAAUGCUGAAAUGCGGUAUCCCCGUGGCAAAAUGCUUGGCGGUUGUAGUGCACGGGAUUUCAUGCUCUAUCAACGCGGCACUAGAGGCUCGUACCAAAAGUGGGCUGAUAUGGUCGGGGACGAAAGCUACACCUUUGACAAACUCCUGCCAUAUUUCGAGAAAAGCCUUAACUUCACCCCUCCGAGAAACGACCUUCGGUUGCAGAAUGCUACCCCUGAGUACGACGCAUCUGUUCUGGGCACCGGAGCUGGCGGAGUUGGAUCUCUCGAGAUCUCGUACCCAAACUGGGCCUAUGCGUUUGCCACUUGGGCCACGAAGGCUUUCUCGCAAAUGGGCAUGUCUAUACGCAGUGAUGGUUUCAACAGCGGUGGCCUUCUCGGACAGGCGUAUGCUACAUUUACCAUCAAUGGUAAAACUAUGAUCCGAUCCUCUUCCGAAACGGCAUUCCUUCAGAAUAGCCUCAAGGACCCUAACUACUAUGUCUACCCCCUGACGACUGCUAAACAGGUGCUUUUUGAUAGCUCGAAAAAGGCCACAGGCGUCCGUGUUGAUACUGCGGGUCUGGAGUACCAAGUCUCAGCUCGAAAGGAGGUCAUCAUCGCAGCCGGUUUCAUUGGAUCUCCGCAGCUGCUCCAGGUUUCCGGUGUAGGCCCAGCAAAGCUCCUAGGCUCUUUGAACAUUGAUGUAGUGGCCGACCGGCCUGGUGUUGGCGAGAACUUGCAAGAUCACAUCAUCUUUGGUAUUUCUCAGGGUGUCAAUGUCCUCACAGCGUCUUCUCUGGGCGAUGUAGCGCUCUUCCGCGAACAGGAGCGCCUGUACGUCGACGAGAGCGCAGGCAUGCUCACCAGCCCUGCAGCAGACAUCCUGAGUUGGGAAAAGCUCCCCAACAGCACACGCAGCACCAUUAGCAACCGCACUCUCUCCAUUCUGGCAUCUGAAUAUCCUGCUGAUUGGCCCGAGGUCGAGUAUAUCACCUUCUCGGCCUGGUACGGUAAUGCUAGCGUAUUCACGGCGGACGACCCGCACGAUGGCACGGCGUAUAGCACUAUGGCUGUUGCACUUGCCGCGCCGCUAUCGCGUGGCACCAUCACCAUUAAAUCGGCUGAUGUGGCUAAACCGCCGGCCAUCGAUCCGGGCUUCUUGACGGACCGCGGGGAUGUUGAGGUAGCCGUGGCUGGGUUCAAGCGCGCUCGUCAGUUCUGGCAACAGUCGUCUCUCGAUGGCCUGCUUGUCGGCGGCGAAGCUUUCCCAGGUGAUAGCGUGCAGACCGAUGAUGAGAUCGAAGCAAAUAUCCGCCGCAACUUUAAUACCGUCUAUCACGGUUCGUGUACCUGUGCCAUGGGGCGCUCUGAUGACCCAAAGGCAGUCGUUGACAGCAAAGGGAGAGUGUACGGUGUUCAGGGCCUGCGGGUCAUUGAUGCUUCGGCAUUUCCACUAUUACCACCAGGACAUCCUCAGGCCACAGUGUAUGCUCUUGCUGAGAAACUGGCUUGCGACAUCUCAGGAAACUGUUCCUGA